UUAAUUCGCGUCGCACGUGUUUCGGAUGCAGCGCGUCUCGUUGUGGUUCGCAGUGUCGUCUCGGUACGCCGUGCGCUACGUCCUUUCGCGGCGAGCCUGAGACUGAAUGCAUUUUUGAUCAGCAGCAGCCACCGCCGCCGCUUCCGUCGUCGUCGUCGCUGUGAGCGUCGCUGCCACCGCAAAAGGCUAAGCGAAAGUGCAAGCAAAGCGUUCAAAUUGAUGCCAAGUGAAAGUUGUAUAUUAAAUUUUUAGUUGUGCAACACGUACAAACGUGUCGCCAAACAGUGUGACCAACUGCGUUUGUGAGUGUUCAAUUAAAAAAAAAAGCACAAAAACAGCUGUUUCGACAAGGCGCUGCAGCUCGCUGGCAACAACAAUAGACAUUUAAGGCAACUGGGAAUCUCUAAGUAAAUUCCAUUGCUCAACUGGCAGCUGGCAAAUCAUGCGUAACUAAACCAGUGCAAAUCGAGAGCCGUAGCCUGGACCAGAGCAUUAGACUAAUUCAUCAAAUGCCUCUAAUCAAGCGCCAGUGAAACAAUAAGGACAUAUAAUUAAACCAAACAAGUGCCGGCCGCAUUUGCAGCUAGGAUCAUGGCCAGGCUGGCCAAGUGUGUUAAGCUGCUGCUGUUGCUGCUGCUGUUGGCCAUGAUAAAUGCAACAACGAUGAAGGCAACUUUAAUUGCAGUUGCAACUGCAGCUGCAGCUGCCACUGCAACGGCUACUGCAACUGCAACAGCCACAGCGACUGCGACUGCAACUGAGCCCGAGGCGAGUGCACAGCAGCCAGAACAACGCAUUAAGUCAAUAUCUGCCAACAUCAUAGACAACGACUUGUUGCCCUCCAUUGCGGCUGUGGAUGAUGUAUACAUCGCCUCGCUGGUCCAUGGCCACAACCACAACCACAACGGGAAUGGGAACGGGAAUGGGAAUGGGAUUGGGAAUGGUAACCAGCAUUUGCACCACAACAAUGCGGCGCACUUUGACAAUGCUUUGGAUGAGCUGGUCGAUGAGCAAGUGGAUGAGACAACUUAUCCGCCGCCGGUCUUUGACUUUGGCAUGCCCCGGAAUAUAACGGCCCGGACCGGACACACGGCAGCCAUCAAUUGCCGCGUCGAGAAUUUGCGCGAUAAAUCGGUAUCCUGGAUAAGGAAACGCGAUUUGCACAUUCUGACUGCAGGCAUUCUGACCUACACUUCUGAUGAGCGCUUCAAGGUCGUACGCACCGCCGACUCGAAGGAUUGGACAUUGCAUGUGAAAUAUGCGCAGCCACGUGACAGCGGCAUCUACGAGUGCCAGGUGAACACGGAGCCAAAGAUUUCGAUGGCAUUUCGCUUGAAUGUCAUAGUGACGCCGCCAGAUGCCAAAGCGAUUAUAGCCGGACCAACGGAUUUGUACGUCAAAGUGGGCAGCGUUAUAACGCUCACAUGCCAUGUGAAACAGCCGGCGACGGCGGCUCAGGAUAUUGGGCCAAUUUACUGGUAUCGCGGCCCCUACAUUCUCACACCCUUUGUGGCCCAUCCGAACGAUGCAGCCAUCGACUUGCAGCGCAUCUCAAUGGAAUCAACACUUGCCGAGAAGCUCCAAAGCAGAUUGCGGAUUGCCAAUGCCCAGCUGCUGGACACGGGCAACUAUACGUGCAUGCCGACAACAGCGGAGGCGGCCAGCGUUGUGGUCAAUGUCAUUAAUGACGAGAGCCCCGCGGCCAUGCAGAAGAGCGGCGGCAACGGCAGCUGCCUUCGAAGUAGCCUCAACUUUAACCUCAUCUUGGCACUGGCCGCCAGCUCGGUGGUGCGAUGGCUGUGCUGGCUUCUGGGCACUGCCAGCUUCUCCUUAGUGCAUAUCAAUUAUGAUGUCAGGCUGUCAAUCGGCAAUGGCUACUCCAGGCAAGAGCAGCAGCAGGAGCAGCUGCAGCCGCAACAUCAACAGCAGUCCAUGACCUCAUGA